AUAAGACGCUAAUUGGAAAUUUUUUUUUCUUAAAAUUAAAUCGCGAUUAUUGUAGGUAUUUGAUAAUAUAAAAGAUCGCAUAUAAUUGCAAAAUGUAAAACUGUUAUAAGGUAUCAAUUUAAUGCUGUCACAGAAUGGCUGAAAAACAAGAGAAAGGGGGAAAGCUGAAUGGGCACCUAACAGGGGAGUCUGUACGAGUGGUUGCAGAAUCUGUUGGGAUCAGUGGACUGCCAGAUACUGCUGCUGCCUACCUCGCAGAGGAUUGUACCUACAGGUUGAAACAGAUUGUCCAGGAAGCUUUGAAGUUCAUGCACCACAGUAAGAGGAGUAAAUUGACAUGUACAGACUUUGACAAUGCUCUCAGAGCAGAAAAUGUUGAGCCUUUGUAUGGGUUUCACACCCCUGACUUGGUACCGUUCCGUUACGCGAGUGGCGGAGGUCGAGAACUUCACUUCACAGAGGACAAAGAGUUAGAUUUACAAGAUGUUAUUAAUGCUACAUUACCCAAAGUUCCUCUAGAUGUUUCAAUGAAAGCUCACUGGUUGUGUAUUGAUGGAGAGCAGCCAGCCAUCCCAGAAAACCCUCCGCCCGCCACAAAGGACCAACAAAAGAUGGAGAUCCUGGACACGUCUGUGAAGUCUUCGAUAGAUAAAAGCCAUAAACCCGCCAAGUCUGUGACCCCUGGUGGCAGACUACCACAUAAACCCAAGGGGGUGUCAGACCUCGUCAAGAUGAAGGAACUGAGUGUGCAUGAACUCUCUGUUGAGCAACAGCUGUACUACAAGGAAAUUACAGAGGCAUGUGUCGGGUCAGAUGAAGGAAAGAGGUCUGAGGCAUUGCAGAGUUUAGCAACAGAUCCAGGCCUUCAUCAAAUGCUGCCGCAUUUUACAAGUUUUAUAUCUGAAGGGGUGAAGGUGAAUGUUGUACAGAACAAUUUAGCAUUGUUGAUUUACUUGAUGAGAAUGAUGAAAGCCUUGAUGGAAAACCAGACCAUUUACCUUGAGAAAUAUUUACAUGAAUUUGUACCUGGUGUCAUGUCAUGUAUUGUAAGUAAACAACUGUGCAUGAGACCUGAUGUGGAUAACCACUGGGCACUGAGAGACUUUGCUGCUAGACUUAAUGCUCAGAUUUGUAG